UACGUUUACUCCCAACGUCAUCAAGCUAUACAUUGGGGAAGAAGCGCUGUGAGAAGAUGGCUGCAAGGUUACUUCUGCGUACUGCCGUUCGGGCCGCAACUACUGCCCGGGUUACCCCGGUGAAGACUCUAGCCCGUGGAAUGGCUGCUGGAGGUAUUCCAUCCGAUGAGGAGCAGGCAACUGGACUGGAGAAAAUCGUUAUGCACGCACUGAAAGACGGUUCGGAUCCAUAUAGCAUGUUGAAGCCCAAGGAAUAUGCAGGGUCCAAGCAGGAUCCACAUCUUGUCCCUUCCAUCACAAAUAAGAGGGUCGUCGGCUGUGUGUGUGAGGAGGACAACACAGCGGUGGUGUGGUUUUGGCUCCAUGCAGGAGAAGCCCAGCGCUGCCCUUCCUGUGGGUCUCAUUACCAGCUUGUCUCCCACGAGCUUCCCCAUUAAGACAGCAGUGUGUGUACAUAGCAGUUUGUCUCCAAAAAUGAAAUUAUUCGUGUUCACACAAUUUUACAAUCAAGAAAAGCCUCAAUCAGUAGUUGUGGAUUUAUUAUCUUCAUCACAAGAGCCCGCUUACAUGUAUUCACAAGUUGUACAUGUGCUCCUCCUGAUUAUUAAAAUAUUAAAUAUAUAA